AUGAUGCAAACGAGUAAAGUCGACGUUCAGAAUUUACCAACAUGCAACCCGUCUGCUCGAUCAAAUCGCAUAUGUAAAUUCGCUUCUAAACGAAAACUGACAUGCCUGAUUUAUUUCACUCUUAUUACUAUUUUAAUCGUAGUAGGUAGUAUCGUUUCGUUCUAUGUGGCCAGCAAGAGCUUGAAAAAGACGGCAAAAUCCACAAGCUCAUCGACUGUCGUCAAUAAACAGUUCGUAGUAACAACUGUAAUGACCGACGCAAGAUCACUGAUAAAGAAAGAUCUGCUACCACUUAUUACUCCCAAUGACACAAUCUACGGUGUAUACGAAGCAUUCAUGGGCUAUAAUAGUACAAUAGCAUUACCAUACACCAAUGGUACUGGUCAAUAUCAUUCUGACGAGUCACCAAGUAAUGCAUGUGAUGGAAACAUUGCCACAAAAUAUGUUAAUUUUGGCCGUUGUGCAGCUAAUACGCAGAUUUGUGGAUGUGGUUCACAAACGGGUUUGCAUAUCGAGUUAAAACGUAGUGCGCCACUGGUAACUGGAUUUCAAAUAUGCACAGGCGACGAUUAUCCUGGACGUGAUCCUAUCUUAGUGACACUGGAAGGAAGUAAUCAUUCAGGAACAGAUCUUCUUGUGGGUUUCAGCUGGUCUUUGAUCUAUGUUGGCGACAGUGAUCUAAAAUCUGAUACUGGGAGACGUAGAUGCGGUACGAUCCAAAUGUUCCCUAAUUCAAAUCGAUAUAAGAACUACCGAUUUCUUAUUUUGAGUGUACGACAAGUAUUGGACUGUGCUCAAUACUCCGAAUUGCAAUUAUAUGGAUACUAA